AUGAGGCGUCAUGGACUGUUGACCUUGCAUCGCUUGUGUGGCACACGCAUGGCCACUGCGUACACACGGGGCUUCAGCGGGACGCCCAAGCCUCUAGAGUUCGAGGGAUGGGGAGCAGCGGGACGCAAGUUGCAAUGCAUUGACUGUCACGCAGCUGGAGAGCCUGCACGUGUAGUGAUAGGAGGACUGCCAGAUGUUUCUGGGGCGACCAUGGCGGAGAAGCGUUUGAGGAUGAUGCAGCCUGAUUUGGAUGCCUUUCGAAGGCUUUUGCUCUUGGAGCCACGAGGGUAUCCAUGUCAAAAUGCAAAUUUUGUCCUUCCUCCCACUGGGAAAAGCACUGCUGCCUUUGGCGUGGUGAUUGCAGAGCAAGGACAUGUUUAUCCUGCAAUGAGUGGACAUAACAUGAUGUGCGUUGCCACUACCCUGCUUGAAACUGGGAUGGUACCAAUGGUUGAACCCCUGACCACCUUUGAUUUGGAGACGCCUGCUGGAUUGGUCGGAAUCCAAGCUCAGUGCCGUGAGGGAAAGGCUAUAGAAAUCACCUUGCGAAAUGACAUGGAUGUGGAAAUUGAUGUCCCCGAGCUUGGGCCUGUGAAGCUGGACAUUGCCUAUGGUGGGAUGUUCUAUGCCAUCGUGGAUGCCAAGAAGUUGGAUUUGGAGCUUUUGCCCCACAACGGACGUCGCAUUUGCCGAUUGGGGGAGAUGAUCAAGGUUGCCUGUAGAGAGCAGCAUCCAGUGAAUCAUCCUGAGUUUGACUACCCAGGUUGUGAUAUUUUGGUCUUCACAGACUUGCAACGAAAGGACCAGGGAAAGAUGCUGGGCAAGAAUGCAGUGGUUAUGUCAAAUGGCAGGCUGAGUUGGGACAACCCAGAUAGCUGGACUGGAAUGAUUGACCGUUCUCCGUGUGGAACUGGCACAUGUGCAGUAAUGGCACAGCUGCACGCUCGGGGCGGGCUUGAACUAUCGGAAGAAUUUGUUCACGAGAGCAUUCUUGGAACUCACUUCGUGGGAGAACUUCUUGAGGAGGUGACCAUCGGACCAACAUCUGCUCCGGUGCACGCUGUGGUCCCACGGAUUUCAGGUCGUGCUUGGAUCACGCAGCGAUGUGAAAUUGUUUGUGAUCCCAGUGAUCCAUUUCCUCAAGGUUACACAAUUGGAGAUAUUUGGUCAGCAAAUGAAUAG